AUGUCCCGACGCCGCAGUCGAGUCACUCCCACUGCUGACACUGGCAGUGAAAGCCGUGAAUUGACUGUAGACGAUUUCCUAAGGGUGUUGGCCAAAGCUCCCAGGGCCCCUAGGGCUUCCAGGAAACGACCCCGGCAUAUUGCGGAUGCUUCUGCAUGGAAAGCCUCAAAAGCUUCGUUGGUUACCCCAGGGUUAACUAGUUGGCCCGACAUAGACCAGAGGGAGGCUACAUUUCUACUUGAUCCUCUUGCUGCUGUUGAAAGGGACGCAGAACAUACAGAAAAGCCUAAUUUUAAGACAAAGAAACCUACACAAAGAAUGAACACUGAUGACAUAGAGUGGAACACUUUAAUUGGUGGUGUAGAUAUUACGAAGCAGAAACGAAGAAAACAUUAUGUGGUCUACAAUUCUCUACCUCUUUCAAGAGAUACUGAUAUUGAAGAGUUUCAGGAUUCUAAUGAAAAGGCACAGCCCUGUGGACCGCACGCUGACCCGAUAUCUACUAUCCUAGAAGAAAAUAGUAAUAAAGAACGUGACAAGUGUGUUUUAGAGGCUUGUGCGCGCAGUACUAAACCCCUCCUUCCAAUAAGUGUUCUCGGUGGCAUGAUAGAAACACCGAAGUUAGCGAGAAUGACGGUCCCUGGCAGGGUUAUGAAGGAGGAGAUAAAUCCUACUAGGGAUGUUGCCUUAGGAAGGUUGCGAAAUAAGCCAGGCAGUGGCUUUGACUGGCUGGCAGGAUCAGAACAGAUUGACAGCAGCUCCGGAGGAGGGGUGUUAGAUAUGGCAGUGCCCUUGCCGUCAGUACCGGAAACUUUAUAUGGUCAACUAUGCAUUGAGAUAUCAGAAGUAGAAACUCUUGACAGCCAACCUCCAUUAAAUCUCAUUCAAUCAACAUUUACUGCUGAAUAUUACGCGGCCAAUGAUAGCAUAGCCUACCAUGAAAAGCCCUUGACAACAAGGCUUGUGGGUAUUCAUCAAGAACAACUAAGUGGAUUGGCACAGGCGGGAUUGCUACUUCGGGACUCAGACGAACUACCGCAACUCCAGAUAAACACUAGGGGACGAUCAAAGAGGAAUGAUUUUUUAAGUCAGGGGAGCGUUGACGGAGAAGACACAGAAGAGGAGGAACCCACUCUUCCAGUUUCUCGACGUUUAUUUACUCAAAAACCAGAGAGUAGCUAUUUUUCAAUGGCCCAACGGUGUUUAAACAGUUCUAGUGGUGCUAUUGAUUAUAAUUCACUGGACUAUCUGCGCCGUCCUACACGAAGAGCCCUUCAAUUUGCAACGGUAAACGAGGCCAUCAAUGAGGAAGAUGAACGAUCGAUCAACGAUGAGGAGGACGAGGGCGAGGUCGAGGAAAUCAUAAUCAGAAAUACUAAUCCUGCACCAGCCCGUGUAGGGCUUUCAAGACAAAGGAGCAUAGCGAAAACUCCAAUAACACUCAAAGAGCUUCUCAAUCGAUCUGGGAGGCGGCGGACUUCAAUAUCCGGAAUUUUUCACAAAAAUGGUGUCGAUUCCGUUAAGCAAUUUGAAAAAUGCAUCCCAUAUCCAGACAGUUUACCAUCGAGCCAUAAAGCAGGCCCUGGUUUGAUAUUAGCAUCAAGUCCAAUUUCUUCUCCUAUUGGAUCAAGACCUUUAAGUGUAUACGCAAGCAGAAGAACAAGCACCAAGGUCCACCGCCCCUACGUGUCACCGCUCGGGAGACCCUUGGAGCCUAAAGAGACAAUGGAAGUUCGGCGUUCGGUGGGGAAAUUGAAACGUGGGGUAACUAUGGCUGCUGGAGCUGAGACUGCAACCCCGACAAGGAGGAGAUUUAAACCACCAUUACUUAAGAGCAGGGCGAAGACUUUGCUACCAAGCGGGAACGUCGGCACACUGCCUAAACGCUCAUGGACAAAUGCAUUGGAGGGUGAUAGAGACCUAGGCUCUGCGGCUGAAAGCCAAAUUGAUAUACGGAGUAUAUCAAGCUUUCGCGCAGUUCAGGAGGCAUGGUCAUGA